AUGGCAACGGAUUUAGUCGCUAAUGCAUGCCAGCUCAUCACCGAUAAACUCAAACAAGAAAUAUCAACUCCAUAUUCAUCCAAUAGUGACCCUGCAAUCAUCAGAAACGACAGGCACAUUCUAGCCGCUCUACACACCUGUCUGCUAUACCUACCAUCUUCACCAUCAGACUGCCUGCCAACAAUAACGAUACUUGUUGAUCAUGUAGUGCGAGAAUUGUACAAUUAUCCGCAUGAAGAUGUGCCAGAAUAUUGGAGACGCAUCCACACUGAUGCGAGUAUAAUUAAGGCUAUAUGUGAGGCGAAGUUGGCUCGUGAUAAAACGGAUUGGAAGAAUGUGGUUAAGACGAUAGAUGUAGCGCUCGUUAUGAGUGGUGCGCCAGGAGGGAGGAGGGAUAUGAUGCUAGAUUUGAUUGGAGAAGUUGAAAAGGUGUUGGCGGAGAUUGAGGAAAAUGAAGAUAGACAUAAUAAUGAUUGUGUAGAUGAACCGCAACCAUUACAACAACCAUAUAUAUCUUAUCCUGUACCCAGACAUUCUACUCCUCCAAGUAUCUCCUUCUUUACAUCUCACAUAGCUUCAUCUCGACAGCCUAUAAUAAUAGAAUCGUCUCUCUCUCAUUGGCCAGCGCUCUCAUCUCGUCCAUGGUCAGACCUUGAUUACCUAACAACACUUGUUGGUAAACAUCGCCAGGUCCCUGUGGAGAUAGGAUCAAAAUAUACCGACGAUGACUGGAUGCAAAAGUUCGUGUCAUUUGGUGACUACGUCCAAUUGAUCAAAACAUCUGAUAGAUGCAAAGACAAGUAUGAGAAAGAUCAUCAAGAGUGUGUUACUAGUGACUCUAGUGCAAAACAACAGAUAGCCUAUCUAGCGCAACACAAUCUUUUCUUUCAGAUUCCGCGCCUUCUCGACGAUAUCAUCACACCCGACUAUUGCUUUGUGGACACUGGCUGUUCCUCCGAAGACGACAGCAUGGAUGUCGAUAUCAAUGCAUGGUUUGGUCCAAGCGGUACGGUCUCACCCUUGCAUACGGAUCCAACACAUAAUUUGCUAGCCCAAGUUGCCGGUACAAAGUAUGUGAGAUUAUAUGCGCCGGAAGAGUCCUACAAACUUUACCCAUUUGAUCAUAAUAAAACAUUGGGUAACACUAGUCAGGUUGACGUUGAAUCGCCGGAUAUUGCCAAGUUCCCUCUUUUUGAGUCAGCGAGGUACAAAGAAUGCCUUUUAUCGCCUGGAGACCUUUUAUACAUUCCGGCUGGUGGCAUUAUGUUCGAUCGCUUAGUGUAA